AUGGACUCAUCACAGGUCAUGGACGCUCUCCUCGCCCUGGAAGACGCCCAGGCAAACAAGAAGGUCCAGGGCUACAACGACUUGCUCGACAAGAUCCUAUCGCAAUCCGACAACUUACCCGACAAUCUCAUCGCCUACGUCCAGUCAAUUCUCAGUGACUCAGUCGGUAUCGUCACCUCACGCCCUCUACUCGCUUCAUUUGUCGACAAACUCGCCUCCCUUUCCGAUGCCGACAUCAAGAUCGCCGUUGGAACCCAAGCUAUCGAUGCCAUCGCCCCCAAAGUCGUCUCCUUCGAGGAACAAGACACCGCCAUCAAACUCAUCCUAGCCGACAGUUACGAACAGAAUGAAGACUUUACCGCCUCCGCCAAGGUCUUGCAGCAGAUCACUCUCGACUCGUCUCAACGCCACGUCACCGACGACGACAAGGCAAAGAUCUGGAUCCGCAUCACUCGCUGCUAUCUCGAAGAAGACGAUCCUACAAACGCCUUGUCGUACCUCAACAGAGUCAAGAAUGUCAUCUACAAUGUCCAAGACCAGCCCACAAAACUCCAGUUCCAGCUCUCCCAAGCUCGCAUCUCUGACUCGCAACGCAACUUCCUCGACGCCUCCAACAGCUACCUGAACCUCUCGCUCGAACCUGUCAUUGAUGAGGAGGAACGUCUACAAGCUCUGUCUGCCGCCAUCAUCUGCGCAGUCCUCGCUCCUGCAGGUCCCAAGCGCGCUCGCCAACUCGCCCGUCUGUACAAGGACGACCGCACACCGCAGUGCGACGAGUUUGCCAUCCUCGAGAACAUCUUCUUGGAUCGUGUCCUCUCGCCUGCAGAGGUAAAGGCUUUUGCUGAGAAGUUGCAGCCUCACCAAAUGGCAAAGACUGCCGAUGGCAGCACCGUCCUCGACAAGGCUGUCCUCGAACACAACCUUCUCGGUGUCUCGAGACUCUACUCCAACAUCCCCGUGACCAACCUCGGAACCAUGUUGGGCGUCGAUGCAGACCGUGCCGAAGCUUACGCUGCACAGAUGAUUGAGCAAGGACGUCUCUCAGGUUAUAUUGAUCAGAUUGAUGGCUUGAUUCAUUUCAGCAGCGAUUCAAGCAGUGGUGAUGGUGCAAAGACGGCUGGUUCUAGCAUCGGUACCAGAGAAUUGAGGAUGUGGGACGCCAAUGUGCAGGGCUUGGCUGAGGAGGUUGAACGUGUCACUACUAUGAUCCAGACCGCUCACCCCGAAUUCUACGAGUUGAAGAUGGGCGCAUAG